GGACUGCCGGAGGAGCGGGUCAGUGAGCGAGCGCAACCAGCCCCGCCAGCUCCUCCAGCCCGGGCGCACCCGCUCCCUGUCCCAUGAGGAGCUGAGCGGAGCGUCGGGGCAGCAUGAACCGGGGCAGCGCCGGCUCCAUCGGCAGCGCCGCCUCCGCCAGCGAGUACCGGGUCUGCAGCAACUGCCGGAAAGUGCUGAGACAGGAAAAAAGAAUCCGAGUCUCUCAGCCAUUAACAAGAGGACCAAGUGCCUUUAUACCAGAGAAAGAAGUUAUGCAAGCAAAUGGUUUGAAUGAACGUACUAACCUUCUUGUGGAAGAAUACUCAACAUCUGGUCGCCUGGACAACAUCACACAGGUCAUGAGUUUACAUACUCAGUACUUGGAGUCUUUCCUCCGCAGCCAGUUCUAUAUGUUGCGUAUGGAUGGGCCCCUUCCUUUGCCUUAUAGGCACUACAUUGCUAUAAUGGCUGCUGCCAGACAUCAGUGUUCCUACCUAGUAAAUAUGCAUGUUGAUGAGUUUCUGAAGACUGGAGGGAUUGCAGAAUGGUUGAAUGGUUUGGAAUAUAUCCCACAAAGACUGAAAAAUUUGAAUGAAAUAAACAAACUUCUUGCACACCGACCCUGGCUGAUCACAAAAGAACAUAUUCAGAAACUUGUCAAGACUGGAGAAAAUAAUUGGUCUCUUCCUGAAUUGGUACAUGCUGUGGUCCUAUUGGCACACUAUCAUGCCUUGGCAAGUUUUGUAUUUGGUAGUGGCAUUAAUCCAGAGAGAGAUCCAGAUACCUCUAAUGGGUUCAGACUUAUAGCAGUCAACAAAUUCUGUGUCUGUGAUCUUGCCAAUGACAACAACAUCGAAAAUUCAUCCCUCACAAGUAGCAACUUUGGGAUUGCAGAUUCUUUGAGUGAGCUGGAGGCCUUAAUGGAAAGAAUGAAGAGGCUGCAAGAAGAAAAGGAGGAAGAGGAGGCCUCGCAGGAGGAAAUGGCAACUCGUUUUGAAAAGGAAAAGAAAGAGAGUCUUCUAGUAGUUACUGGAGGUACUUCACCCUCUCUGCCCUUCUCAGCAUUUGAUGAUGAAAUGGUUUCCACAUCGGAUGUCUCCCGCUAUAUCGAAGAUCCUGGUUUUGGGUACAAAGACUUUGCCAGGCGGGGAGAAGAACAUCUGCCAACAUUCCGAGCUCAGGACUAUACCUGGGAAAACCAUGGCUUCUCCCUUGUGAACAGGCUUUAUUCUGAUAUUGGGCAUCUCCUGGAUGAGAAGUUUCGGAUGGUCUACAAUCUCACAUACAACACUAUGGCUACACACGAAGAUGUUGACACAACCAUGUUGAGAAGAGCUUUAUUUAACUAUGUUCACUGUAUGUUUGGAAUCAGGUAUGAUGAUUACGAUUAUGGAGAAGUUAAUCAGUUACUUGAACGCAGCCUGAAGGUUUACAUUAAGACAGUGACCUGCUACCCAGAGAGAACUACCAAGCGCAUGUACGAUAGUUACUGGCGUCAGUUCAAGCACUCAGAGAAGGUCCACGUAAAUCUACUUUUAAUGGAAGCCCGUAUGCAAGCAGAACUUCUAUAUGCCCUUCGUGCCAUAACUCGUCACUUGACCUGA